AGUUUGUUGUCAAAUAAAACGCACGCACACACAGACACACUGAGUACAUAUUGAUUCAAAUCGUAAUUUUUGGGCUAAGGAGAUACGAUUUUUAUUGGGCUAUCGAGUCAAUUGCAUACACAUUGAAUUGGCAUUGUUUAUAUUUUGAUGUUGGAAAAUGGACAUUUUUUGCAUUUGUCGAAUUUGUUUAAUCGAACCGAAUACCAAUUUAAUAUCAAUAUAUUCAAACAUAAUACCGAACCAGCGUGACGACACAAAUAUUGUGACAAAAUCCAAUCAAAUACAAAUAUCCAGCAUACUUGAUGCACUGACCGAAAAUAAAUAUGUUUGUAUACAAUUUGUCAACAAUUCAAAUGAUUUUCCUUACCCAGAUAGAAUAUGUGAGCAGUGCUUGAAUGAUCUGAAAGCAACAUUUGAGUUUAAGUGUCGAUGUGAGAUUGCAUGCGAACAACUGAUGAGACUUAACGCUGUCAGCAAUGGACUUGAUGAACAAAAUAUCGAACUUCAGCCACCGUUAGAUAAUCAAAAACCGAUUUUCGUCGAGACAACAUUUGCUUGUGCAGUAGAAAUCAUUGAUAAUGAGCCGUUGGAAAACAUUAGCAUUUCAAAAGUUGAGCUCGAAGAGAAAACAGAUGAUAGCAAAGAUGUAAUCUCUGAAACCAAAUCAAACAGCUAUCAGUGUGAUGAUUGUGAUAAAGCUUUUACACGGAAAUCACAUCUCAUUCGUCACAUGACCGUACACACAGACGAGCGUGCCUUUGCGUGCACUAGUUGUGAUAAGAAAUUCCGACGAGCUGAUCAUUUGAAAAUUCACGAAAACAAACAUGCAAAACCACGGAAUUUACACUUUCGCCGGCAUAUUUCAAGUCAUCAUACGAAGAAAACUUCGUCAUUUGCAUGCACAGAAGGAAUGAUUGAAAAUGACGCAUUUGGAAAUUUUCCCAUUUCAAAGGUUGAGCUCGGGGAGAAAACCGAUGAAAUAACCGAAGAAAAGACAGAAAACAUAAAUAAAGUUAAAAAUGAAAUCUCUGAAAUCCAAACAAAAAGUUAUCAGUGUGACAAUUGUGAUAGAAUAUUUUCACGGAAAACACAUCUCCGACGCCACAUGACCAUACACACAGACGAGCGUGCAUUUGCGUGCACAAGUUGUGAUAAGAAAUUCCGUCGAGCUGAUCAUUUGAAAAUUCAUCAAAACUAUCAUGCAAAAGUGAAACUGCACACAUGCCAACAAUGUCAAAGGUCGUUUGGAAGAAAGGAACAUCUUCGCCGUCAUAUUUUAAAUCGACAUACGGUGAAAACAUUUGCAUGCACCGAUUGUGAUUAUGUUGCGAAAACGGCCAAGGAGUUGAAUCAUCACCGCCGAAAAUCCCAUAGCGAAGUUUCAUUCAAAUGCAAAACUUGUGAUGGCAAAUUCACAUCGAAAUCUGAGCUCACUGAACACAUAAAAACGCAUAGCAAUGAAGAACGACCUUUCCUAUGCUCUGAGUGCGGAAUGCGAUUCAUUCGCAAUGAUUAUCUUCUUAUUCAUAUGCGACGGCACACCGGUGAAAAGCCUUAUAAAUGCCGUUUUUGUGAGAGCGCCUUUCCCAGAUCCACCGAUUUGAGAGUCCACGAAAGAUACCACACUAAUGAAAAGAAGCAUACCUGUGAUUUAUGUGGGAAAGGGUUUCAGCGUGCUUAUAACCUAACCGUGCAUAUGCGAGUCCAUACUGGAGAAAAGCCGUACCAAUGUCCACACUGUUCAAGAAGUUUCACCCAAGGCAAUGAUUUGAAAGCGCACAUUCGUCGUCACACGGGUGAACGAUUUCAAUGCGAACUUUGUCAAGCAUCGUUCAUUCAAAUUUAUCUGCUCAACAAUCACAAGAAGAAUACCCAUGGUGUUCAAAUUGAAAAAUCGAACAAAAGCCGACUUACAAAAUUUGAAUCCGUAAGCCAUGAGAUACCAGCAAUCUCUCAUACUGAAACUUUCGCGCAAAUGCCUGAAACUGCUUGUAUUCAGUACACUAUGGACGAAUGUUAGUGUGGAAUAAUUCGUGUUUUUUAUUUAGACAAUAUGAAUUCUUUACCUAUGAAUGUAAUUAAAAUUAUUUUAAAAGAAACCAACUCUCAAAAUUAA